AGAGGAAAAGUAGGCGGCGGGGGGUUGAAGAUUGAAGAAUCAAGAAUCAAGAAUGAAGAUAAAGGCAGCAAGCUAGAGGCAGAGAGGGGGAGAGAGAGAGAGAGAGAAGAAGAGUGUAUGGCAAUUGGGCGGCGGGAAGGCUGAAUUCAGCUGAAGAAUCUGACUCCACCCUCCCAAAUCCAAUCCAAACCAAACGCACUCAGUCAUCAUCUUCCUCCUCCCCCAACAAUCUUCACCACUUGUUUGAUAUACCAACCAAAUCGCAUUCAUGUCUUUCUCUCUUCUCUCCCUUUCUUCCUCUUCUCUCUCCUCCCCUCUUACUAGAAAAUUUCCCCCUUUUUCCGAACUUUCUUCUCCAUCCUCCACUCUUUUCCCUUUCUCAUCUCCCUCCUCAACUACUUCCCUCUUUAUUUCCUCCAUUUUUAACCGUACAACCAUUCAUCCUCCCACAUCUCUUUUUCCUAUCUCCUCCUCCUCCUCCAACUUCUCUUCUUCUAUGUCUAGUGGCACAGACGCCACCCCUUCUCCUGAUUUCUCCCAUGACACCACCCCUUCUACCUCUGCCACUGAUGACGACUUAGCAGUAUCUGAUUCCGACGACGAUGAUGCCCCACAAGACCACCCCUCCGAUUCUUCCUCCUCCUUGCCCGAUAGAUGGCAUGUCUUGGGCCUUGGCCAGGCUAUGGUGGACUUUUCUGGUAUGGUUGAUGAUGAAUUUCUCGAGAGACUUGGAUUAGACAAGGGUACAAGGAAAGUAGUGAAUCAUGAAGAAAGGGGUAGAGUUCUACGCGCCAUGGAUGGAUGCAGCUAUAAAGCUGCUGCUGGUGGUUCUCUUUCUAACACCUUGGUGGCCUUGGCUAGGCUUGGUGGUCAACCCAUUGGGGGCCCUUCGUUGAAUGUUGCCAUGGCUGGCAGUGUCGGAAGUGAUCCAUUAGGUGGAUUCUACCGAUCAAAACUCCAGCGAGCAAACGUGAAUUUCCUUUCAGCACCAGUGGAUGAUGGAACAACAGGAACAGUUAUUGUUCUCACAACACCGGAUGCUCAACGAACAAUGCUGGCAUACCAGGGCAUGUCUUCAAGGGUAAACUAUGAUCCGUGCUUGGCCAGCUUGAUAUCCAAAACAAGUAUAUUAAUUGUUGAAGGAUACUUAUUUGAAUUUCCUGACACAAUCAAAACAAUUGCCAUGGCUUGUGAGGAGGCCCGCAGAUGUGGUGCUCUGGUUGCCAUCACGGCAUCAGAUAUCACCUGCAUUGAGAGACAUUAUGAUGAUUUCUGGGAUAUCAUGGCAAAUUAUGCAGACAUCAUUUUUGCAAACAGUGAUGAAGCCAGAACCUUUUGUCAUUUUUCCUCGAAAGAAAGCCCUAUUUCAGCGACAAGGUACCUGAGCCAUUUUGUUCCGUUUGUUUCAGUCACAGACGGGCCUAAAGGCUCUUAUAUUGGUGUGAAAGGUGAAGCUGUUUACAUCCCUCCAUCACCUUGUGUGCCAGUAGAUACUUGUGGAGCUGGAGAUGCGUAUGCAUCUGGUAUAUUGUAUGGUUUAUUGCGUGGUGUAUCUGACUUGAGAGAUAUGGGUGCAUUAGCCUCUAAGGUUGCAUCCGUAGUUGUUGCACAACAAGGAACUCGGUUGAGAGUACAAGAUGCUGUAAAGUUAGCUAAGUCAUUUGCAUUCCAUCAAAAAAGCUCCGCUGUAUGGUCUGAUGUAGGUUCUGAUCAAAUUUCCAGCCUUUAACUGUUUAACUGAUGAAAAGUGGAAUGAUAAGAAAGGGAAGAACCACUUGAGCGUGCCAACCAUCCAUUUGAAUAUUUCAAUUUAUUGGAAGAUCUCUUUAUUGUUUACUGAACUGUGUAUAUUGAAAAGUAUUUGUAAUUAGCUUGUACAUUUCAGGCGUUGUCCUCUCUUUUAUUGAUUUUAGGUUCACCACUCUCAU